GUCGCCAUUUUAUCAUGUUGUAGUGUUCAAUGUACAGCUGAUCUGUCAUUGUCAAGUGGAAAUUCAGUGGUGUUGAGUGCGGGUGUAGGGGUUAUUUAGCCCCAGCCGUGUGUAUAUAGUACUAUUUAUUCAUAAUGAGUGUUAAAAUGGCAGGACAAACGAUAAACGAUAGGUUAUUAGCUGCAAGGCAUAGUCUAGCCGGCCAGGGUUUGGCGAAGUCAGUAUGCAAAGCUACGACAGAAGAACUGAUAGGCCCCAAAAAGAAGCAUUUAGAUUAUUUAAUUCACUGUACAAACGAACCGAACGUGUCCAUCCCGCAACUCGCCAACCUACUUAUCGAGAGGUCGCAGAACACCAACUGGGUGGUGGUGUUCAAGGCCCUCAUCACCGUGCACCACAUGAUGUGCUACGGCAAUGAAAGAUUCACUCAGUACUUAGCCUCCAGCAAUAGUACGUUCCAGCUGAGCAAUUUCCUGGACAAAAGUGGCGUGCAAGGCGCUCGUGUUGGUUAUGAUAUGUCUCCAUUCAUCAGGCGGUACGCAAAGUACCUGAACGAGAAGGCUUUGUCGUACAGGACUGUGGCCUUCGACUUCUGCAAAAUGAAGAGGGGCAAGGAGGACGGCACGCUGCGCACCAUGAACACGGAGAAGCUCCUGAAGACACUGCCCGUCCUGCAGAGCCAGCUCGACGCCCUGCUCGAGUUCGACUGCACCGCCAACGACCUCACCAACGGGGUCAUCAACAUGGCCUUCAUGCUGCUCUUCCGGGACCUCAUCAGGCUGUUCGCCUGCUACAAUGACGGCACCAUCAACCUCCUAGAAAAAUACUUUGACAUGAACAAGAAACAGUGCAGAGAUGCGCUGGAUCUCUACAAGAAGUUUUUGAUUCGAAUGGACAGAGUAGCAGAAUUCUUGAAAGUUGCAGAGAAUGUAGGUAUUGACAAAGGAGAUAUUCCAGAUUUGACUAAGGCCCCGAGCAGUCUGCUGGACGCCCUGGAGCAGCACUUGGCGUCGCUGGAGGGCAAGAAGGGCUCGGCCGCCAACACGCCCACUCAGACGGCAAGCAACCGAACGAAUGUAAAGUCGGCGGUGUCCGCCCUGUCCUCCACCAGCAGUGCGUUCGGCACGGCGGCGGCCAACGCGCGCCUGGACGCCCACGCCAACGGCAUCGACGAGCACCUGCGGCAGCAGGUCUUGGCGGAGGAGGAGGCCGCCAUGAACCAGUACAAGGCCAAAGUGUCGUCGCCCACGAGUGCUGCAAGCACAAACCCGUUCCUCAGCUCCAAUCAGCAGCAGCCGCAGCAGCAGCAGCAGCAGCCAAUAGUAGAUCUGUUUGGCUCCCCUCCUGCAUCUGCGACGGAGCCACCUGCCUCGAAAGCUUCGGCCGACUUGCUGCAGCUGAGUGCGAACCCGUUCUCGGACAUCUUCGCUGGCCAGGGGCAGCCGGCCGCCGGCGCCGCCCCGCCCCCUGCGGGCUCCGACCUCUGGAUGUCCAAUGGUUUCAAGUCAGCUCCUCCAGCAAACAAUGCAUUUGUGUCAGACCAGAACUUCUCUUCGGUUUUCGGAACCACUAACUCUAGUGCCUGUUUCGACGCGCUGGGGGACGUGCUCCGGCCGCUGGGGCAGACGCCUCACGCGGGCGCUGGGCUUGCAGCCGGGGGGACGGCGGCGGGGGAGCAGCCCGCGGGCCCGGGCGGGACCUCCACGGUGCUGACCGGCGACCUGGACAGCAGCCUGGCCUCGCUCGCAGAGAACCUGGCCAUCAACAAGGGCGGCCAGGUGGCGGUCAAGGGUGUGCAGUGGAACUCUCCCAAGAACGUAGCGAAGCAAGGCAUGGCUGGCUGGACUCCUCAGCCAAUGGCUGCAACCACUGGAGCUGGCUAUAGACCAAUGGGGCAGGGCAUGGCCGGCAUGCACCCUCCCGUCGCGGCCCUGGGCAUGCAGCCGCUCCCGGCGAUGAGACCCGUGGGCCAGGCGGCGCCCAUGGCCGCACCCAUGAUGGCCGGGCCCGGGAUGAUGGGGAGCCCGCGGAUGGGGGCGGCGCCCAUGUUGGUGCCGCAGCAGCCCAGCCUAGUCCCCCAGGUGGCCCCGCCGGCGAUGGCCGGUCAGCCCCUGGACCCCUUCGGUGCUCUGUGAAGGGACUGCCGCUCGCUUCAGGAGGAACUGUAUUUGAAGUUGAUCUGCUAAAUCAUCUGUAAAUAAGUCUAAAAUUAGAACGGCCAUAUCACGAGAUAAUUUCUCCACUGCAGUAUAAGAAAGGUAUGCACGAGCCUUUGAAGAGAACAGAUGUGAAAAUUAGUGAAGUUUUACACCCUACAAAAAAAAUUGCUAAUACUCGGGGUGGAGAAAUUAUUUGUGUAGCACUUGUGUAUUGAAUUUAUGAUGGACAGUAUUACAGCAGUAAGUUGUUUUGGUAGUGUACAAAAUGUGAUUUAAUGAAGUUUGUAAUUACUAUUAUGUUCUUGGUAAAACUGUUAAAUUUAAAAAAAAAUUUUGUUGGAGAACCUGUUGGACUGUUUAUUUUUACCAUUAUAGUAUAUGUACAUGUGUGUAUGAUGUAAAUCUGUAGUAGUUUGUAAAUGUACAGUAUAUAUUUAGAAUAAUUUAGUGUUGAAUAGGCAUAUUGUUUUGGAAAAAAAUUACUGCAUAGCUGUUGUACAGUUGUUUAGCUUGAGUAAGGGGGCCAGUGUGCAGAUAAACUUUGUAUGGUCAAGUUUUUGUCUUGUUCAUAUUUACCUAAUAUUGGCACGAUAAACGUGGUGACAUAAAGUAAAUGAUACUCAUUGUUUUCAGAUUUUGUUUAUUAUUGAUUGCAAUAAUAUAAUUUACAUACAUAAUGAGUGUGUUGUUAUUUUUAUAUGCAUUCGUUGUUAACUGUGAUGUCUGCUUAAAGCAUUUGUAGUCACUUGAUUUUCAUGAUUUUUUUGGCCAUGAAUGUUACUGUUUGUUAGUUAAAACUUAUAACAUUUAAUUAGUUUUGCUGCUUGGUAAAAGUUUGCAAAAAAUUAUUUCUUUAUAAUAAAUAACCUUAUAAUGGAUAGUCUGUAAAAUUUUGGAUUUUGUUUUUAUCUGUCUUAAUUCCUGUUUGACCAAGGCUAAAUGAAGGAUGGAACUGAGCGAAGUGAUUGUGCCUUUAGCGAUGAGCACUGUCCUUCAUGUAGUUGAAGGCAGUUGAGAAAGAAUCCGCCAUUAGGGCUUAACUAGCAGGCAUAAUUUAUUUUAUGGUAAAACACAUCGGUAUAGUGUGUCAAGCAAUGGAGUGGAUUUGUGUAUAUCUAGUUUGCAAUCACUGUAAAUUUAUAACCAUUCUAUCAAGACAAUAUGUAGGUUGAACUAAUACUUUGUAAAGUGUCACAAACUAUUGUAUCGUAGUUAAUAUGGCAACGUAGUUUUUCAAUUACCUAUUCCAAAUGUUUAGUAAGAAAUCAUUUGUUAGCAUGCUGUGAAUUGUCGCUAUUGUUGCACUCAAUGUUUACGUUAUAGUAAAUUAUUUGAAAGAACUUACACUAGAUUUAAAAGAUUCCAUGUCAAAUUUUGGAAAGUUCUUUUCGACACUUCGUGUAAAGUGUUAAACUUGGGGAAGGUGUAAGAGUUACAUAUAUAGUGUACGUUAAUUGAAACCUUUUGUGUACUAGAUGUUGGUUAACAUCAUGCCAGGUACUGCAUAUUUAAGUGUACCUUUAUUGGCCCUGUAUUCUUUAAACAUUCCAGUCAGUGCACCUAAUGUUAAUAAUGUGUUGACGAGAGAUGGUAGAAUGGGAUGUGUGUUGUAGGUAUAACAAAACUGUAUGCUGUUUUUGGAAUUCGUUGGGAGAUGAUAUUUUUGUUAAAUAAAAUGUUUAUAUAGACUAAAUUUAUUGAACUAUGUGUGUUGCUAUGUUAAAAUAGCAAGUUUUUUUUAAUUGUAUUUAUUGCUGGAAAUAAAGCAGAGAUUUUUGUCUGUGUAUACUGAUAAUAGAAAUACAAAUACCUCAUUACGAA